AUGAAGAACUUCGUGAGCCUGGCUGCUCUUGCAGCUUUGGCCGGCUCUGCCGCAGCCCAAACCUUUACCGACUGCAACCCCCUCGAGAAGACCUGUCCCGCGGACCCGGCCCUCGGAACCGAACAUACCUGGUGGUUCAACUCGACUCUCGACGAUACCAUCUGGAACAUGACCACCGGCACAUUCAACUAUACCGCCGACGGCGCCGAUUUCACCAUCUACAAGGCCAACACGUCUACCCUCCUGCAGUCCAACUUCUAUAUCUUCUUCGGCGUGGUGGAGUCGUGGGUCAAGAUGGCCAAGGGGGGCCGCGUGGUGCUGGAGUCGGACGACCUGGACGAGAUUGAUUGGGAGUGGGUGGGAUAUAACACCAGUGCGGUGCAGACCAACUUCUUCGGCAAAGGCAACACGACCAGCUACGACCGGGGCGCGACGUACGUCGUCGAGAAUGCGGAUACCGAGUACCACAACUACACCACCUACUGGAAUUCCGACAGGCUCGAAUGGUGGGUCGAUGGCACUAUCUUGCGAACCCUUCACUACAGCGACUCGCUUGCACUGGGUGGCAAGAAUUACCCGCAGACCCCGUGCCGGGUCAAGUUCAGUAACUGGCCGGCGGGUAUCCCGAGUGCAGAAAACGGCACAAUUCAAUGGGCAGGUGGCCUGGUGAACUAUGAUGAGGCCCCGUUCACCAUGUCUGUGCAGCGCGUUCGCGUUCAGGACUUCCACACUGGAAAGGAGUACACAUACGGCGACCAGACGGGCUCCUUCGAGAGCAUCCAGGUGACGUCCGGCAACUCCACCGCCUUGGAAGAGCUCAACAAGGCCCCUGCCAAGUCCCUAGCCGAGAAAUGGGACGAUCUUGGCAACACCGCCCAUAUCGGAAUUUACAGUGGUGCCGCGGCGGCCGGUGUUCUGGCCAUUGUCGCCCUGGGACUGUGCUGCAUGCGCCAGCGCCGGAAGGGUCGCCUCGAACAUGCCCUGGAUGACUCGCGGCACGCUGCGGAGCGCACCGAGAUGCAGAACUUCCAGAACGACUGGAAGCAGACCGAAUGGAAGCACAAUGGCUACAGCAAGGUUGGCAACUAG